AUGGCUAGGAGAGGCGCCCGACGCCUGGCGCUGCCCGUCCGGGUCUCCGGCCGCUGCGGGGCUGUGAGGGCCCCCGGCGGUACCGGCCGCGGGUGGCCCAGCUGGGGUGGGCUUGGGGCCAGAUGGGCUGCGCAGCGGCGGGGAGGCAGGGCCGGCAGGCCGGGGCCGCGCGUUGCCAUGGGGACGGGGGUGGGGGCGGCAGCCCCGCCCAGGCGCAGGGGGAGCAGGUGGCGGGUCGGUGCGCAGGCUGGGGGAGGGGCCGGAAGGGGCCCGCGGGGUCGGGGCGCGCCCCCGGCUCCUCCGCCGCCUCCCAGCAUAGUGCCUCCGGCUGCUCCCUCCGAGGUCCGGGCCCGCCGCAGAGCAAAGGGGUGGGGCCAGGACACUCAGGGGCCAGGACACUCAGGCUCCAGUCCCGGUUUAGGCUCUGAUUCCCUGAGCAUCUUGGGCAACUCACCACCUUCUAGCCUCAGUUUCCCCGACUAUGACGUCCACUGUUGUAUCCUGAACCGGGGAAUGUCAGUUGUAAGAGCCGGCAGUCUCUGUACCCACCACCUCCAUUGUACAGAUGGGGCCGCAGCAGCUCAGAGACGGCGCCAGCUGCCAAGAUGGCAAGGAGACUGACUGCCUGAGUGCAGACCCGAGGCAGGGGCUUCCUGUCUGCGAGGAGGCCCUGGUGGCUGUUCUCCCACUGCCCACACCCUUCUGGUCUCCAUCAGUGACUGGUACAGCGCCGUGACCGUGUUGCCAGCCUUCAUAAGAGGUGUGGAGGUGGUAACCUCCCUCCACCCACCCUCACCCUAGUAAGCGGACAGCCAGGAUCCCAACCAGACAGUUUUGCCCCAGUGCUGGGCCUCCUCUCUCCCCGGCCCCCAGUUCUCAGGGGAGGCCCGGCUUUCCUGGGGAAUAAAGCCCCUUUCUAUUUUCUCCUCCCGGAGGGCCCAUUUCU